AAAACCUAACAAAUUCAUCCCUACCCGUAGUUCCUUACGCACUUAAAAUUCUCCAGAAUUUCGCUCUCUGAAACUUCCAGUGAUUGGAGAUGAAAUCCAUCAAGGUUGAAGAUGAAUAUCAAGCCACCACUCGUUAUUAUUGCUUCAAUGACAAGGUAGAUAUGGUGAAAAACCUAUAUUCUCAAGACAAGGGAAAAGGUGGAUUUGAUGAAGGGUGUGAUCGGGUGAUGUUCUCCACACCUACUGAAGGUGCAACUAGCCAUACUAAACCGCUAAUGCAGAAGAAGAAGAAGGCGGUGGGCGGCUGCGCCACGUGUGGCGCUCCGACCCAUAACAGCUCAAUGAAGUGCCGCCUCCACCGUAACAGAUGGGCGUCGGCGCCACUGAAGAUAACGGGCCGCCGCCCCGGGAGUGUUGAUGAUUGCCAGUUAUCCCAGUUUACAAGAUUUGGAAGGGCCAUUCUCAAGUCUUUUCAAUUUUAAAAGUUUCUCUGCUAAUUUUACUUUGUAGUCCAUAGCCGGUGUUAAAGUGUUUAUGGUUUCAUUGGUUAGGGCUGGGGUGAAUUAUAUUCUUCAACUAUUUUGAUAAUGAGGGAUUGUAAUUCUCAAAAUAAUCACUAUUUUAG